AUGAAUGAAAAGGAAGGCAUGUCUACGUCCAGCCGCAAGGAAGAGCGCACUGCAACUCCCACUGGUAACGACAAGUUUGCUACGGAAAACUGUGGCGAUUGGGAAGUCGAAUGUGGUGAGUGGAAGGGUGAAGCUAUCGAAGUCGUUAACUCAAACUCGGACUUCCCUGUUAACAUUCAUGAAGACAGCGAGCUCUUGAAACUGGUUACGACAGAGCCCGAAGAACCCCAGGAAAACACCCCUAUUGAGGCUCCAGAACCAGAAAAACCUUCCGAA